AUGUUAAGCGACGACGUCAAGUAUAACUGCAGCAAUGAAGAUGUUCUUAAUAUGACAAAUGAGGAGAAAGAAAUCAUACACAAGAUUAUCAAUACACCCAUCACUAAGAUAAAUAAGACACACAGAAUUGAGGAUCUUGCUAUGGCUGUGCUUAAGAUAAACACAUCAGAUGGUCUUGUAGCAGUCGACACUUCAAAGCUAUUUAAUGAUACUAAAGCGCCACAUAUAUGGAUCCCAGUGGAGUCUUUCCUCAUUGUCUCAGACUCAGAGAGCAAAGUUGGUGUAGUUGUCUAUGCUUCCGAUAAGAAAUUCACUCUUGGACUGGAAAAUGCGACUAUAAUAUCUAAAGUUGUACGGAUUGAAGUUCCUGGUCGUGACAUUGUGAAUUUGACCGAUCGACUUAUAAUACAGUUCCCAGUCAAAAAGACAACUAAAAAUGGUGCAUAUUCCUGUCAGUUCUAUGAUGAAAAUGGUACAGACAACACCUGGAAAAAUGAUGGAUGUUCCACCGAACAGAUCAGUGAUAAUGUUGUGAAUUGUUCCUGUGAUCAUAUGACUCCAUUUGCUGUGCUUAUGAUUGAUAUGAAGAACAUUGAUGAACAACAGUGGGAAAUCAUGUCAUACAUCAGCUAUAUAGGCUGCAGUCUGUCUGCCGUCUUUUCUGCUUUCUCCAUAUUGUCCUAUAUUGUUAACAGUAAUGCCAGGAAAGAAGUGUCCAGACGCAUCCAUGUGUCUCUGAGCGCUGCUCUGUUUCACCUCAACAUCAGCUUCAUGCUCAGUGAAUGGGCCGCCACACUGAAUAUAAAUGAAGUUUGUGUGUUUAUUGCUGUGACGAUACACUACAGUCUGUUGUGUUGUUUCACCUGGAUGGCCAUUGAAGCUCUGCACCUCUAUCUUCUUCUGGUCAGAGUCUUUAACAUCCGCAUCAAGCACUACAUGGCAAAGCUCUCUCUGAUUGGAUGGGGAGUCCCGGCUCUUCUUGUUGGAUGCUUGCUAUUAGUUCAUAGCAGAAAUUCUGUGUAUGGUACUAAAAAAGUCACAUUAUCAGAUACCAAUAAAACAAAUGCAAUGUAA